AUGAACAAUUAUGGCGGAACACUUAACGACUUUAGAUAAGAUUUGUAACCUUCUGGAAUCCUUGAAGACAGAAUUUAAACGUGUAAGUGAUAGACAAAGAGAACAAGACGUAGAGAUAAGAUCACUUCUAGCAGUAAUUAGGGUCAAUGACGACACAUCUUUCGAUAACAAUGCUGACAAAACAAAUACAUCUGAGUGCUGCAAAUCAGAAACGAAGAAAGCACAACAAGCUGUGAUGGACAACUUUAUUAAUAAAGUUCGAGCAGAAAUGAGCAAAAUGAGCGUCGCUCAUGUAAAGCAGAAAACAAAUCUGACAAAGUCGCAUUCAUUCAGUGAAAGACCUACAAGAAAAAAGAUCGCCAGCAGAACAAGUGUUUCGGAUCCGCUCCUUAAAGAUGAAAAAGAGAAACACGAAGCAUUUAGAACGGUAUGCUUGUCGAAGUCUAUUCAACGUCAUCUCACGGACAUAAUAGAAAACACCACCGCGCACAAGAGAAUACCCCUACCUGAUUGGCUGAGCGCUGAGGAAAUAACAUUCAUUCAAAAGAAACGACAAAGACGAAAUAACAACUUAAGGAAAUUUCUAAUGAUUCUUAGGAGAAAAGACUUUGGUACAAUGUACCAAUGGGUACAUAAUAAUCUAGAUCAAAAAUUAAAACAGAUGAUAUUGGAAACUUUUAACGAAUUCUGCGACGAAGACCUAAAUAAGACCAAAUAUAGAUGUCUUCGAUGUCGGAUGAGUUUGGUCACCUGCGUAACAAAAGUUGCAGAUCAAUUAAAAAGUGUUGGGAUUUUGUCGGAUGAACUUUAUUUGAACAUAAUUGAUACUCAUAUUAAGACUGGUUCUCAGGAAACACUUUGGGAUUCUAUUUUUGAAGAAUGCAAACAAUCCCAAAGUAUACAAAUAGGUAACUGUGCAUUUAAAGUAUCUUUCGGUAGUCUUAUUGCUAGCGGUAAAGAGGCAGAAUUAUCUGAUUAUAAGGCAAUAUAUUGUUCUAUAUCGAGUCUGAAUGGGGCUUCCAAUGAUUUGCUUGUCUGCAAAUGCAGUGACCUCUGUUCAAAAUCGCUACAUCCAGUAUCAUGUGUCAAAAGUUUUGCAAUGAGCACAGACCAAUGUGCUUCGUUUUCAAACAGUCUAACUGGUCGAACACGGUACUGUGAGAGAGACAAAGAGCUGCAACAUGUAUCGAACAAUAAGACAAUAACACAACCAUCAAAGGUAAAGUCAGGGCUAUUUCAAAGAACACUUCAUAUUCCUAAUGCUGAUCCUACAAAUACGUUCUCAGACUCUAGCAUUUCUUCACCGAGCUCUCAAUCCUCUGGAAGCAGUGAUAUUCAAGGUAACAGUGAACUUUCAACAGAAGAAGAUGUGAUUUCGAUAAAGGAACCUGUCGAUACAAUGGAAAGAGUUCAAAGGAAACGAGUUGAAAGACGACGUUCAGCAAGGAUUUUCACGCAUAACGAAAAUCAUAAGGUUCCUUUUCAGCAACAGUCGUUGCGAUCGGAAUCGGCUUCGUCACUGGUUGGAAGUCAACGCCUGACAUCUGCGGCUAAACACCCUCAAAUAAUUAAAACAACAGACAUUAUGAACAAGACAGAAGAUCACAAACAAUGUUUUGACAUACAGGCUAAAAACGUGUUCGUUCAAAGUGCUGUGAAAAAAUACGGAAAAAUAGAUGGAUAAAUAUAAUUGUUUUGAAAACAUUUCGAACGUUGUUGAAUAAAAUAAGUUACCAGACAGAACCAAACAAACUACUUCGAAAGUGUGAGACUUCCAAAUCAUGGUUUUACAUAUACAUCUGGUGAUUUUGUAAAACAUACUUUAUCACUUUAACGUACAUUGAUUCAGGGGAUUUUGUUUAUGUUGUUUGCAAAGUUAACCAGGUGUUUCUUAGUUUUGCAGCGCAAUCCAUUAAUUUUUGUAAGCUAUUAAAAUGUAACAACAUUACAAAUACUUCGAGUUUUGUUCUCAAGAAAGAUGUAUGUCUUUUAUUAUUACAUGUAUAUUAUAUGUACAUUUAUUGUGUUUGUUGUUUUAUUAAAUAAGACUGCUAUGGUAUUAAAUACGUUAUAUUAUCACACGAUAUGCUUAACAGAUUUAAUUGUGAGGCUAAUAAAUGCCUCUGCUUUGGUGACACGAACAGCAUACGACAUUUCACUUUCAUGUGUAUCAAGCUGUCUCUUUUUGUCAUUUUGUGAAGAACAAAUUUAUAAUUUAAAUGGGUAUAACGUUCAAAUUCAUGAUCAACAUUGACGAUGGUGUGCUUUCAAAUAGCAUUUAAAUACAUGUAUGCAAUAUUUUAUACAGCGGAAAGUCAUUGUUCUCCUGUUAGAAUAGUUGCAGACGAAAAUUCUUCGUACAAGUAUGUCUUAGAAAAAGUGUGUAUGUAUUACUUGAGAAUUUUAUUCUACGUCGUAUAAUUAUGUCGUUGGUGCUUUAACAUGCAUUCACGUAUGAACA